AUGCAGCCGCUGCAGCAGCAACAAAAUGCAGGGAACGACGCUGACUCUAACACGAGCGGGCUGGUGACCUGGAAAAACAAUCGACUGGCAGGGGCGCUCAUAUGGUGUUUCUUCCGGUCCAAAUGGAGAGAUGAGUCUGGUGGAGCUUACUUUGUCGAGCUGACGCUUUUUCGCUGCGGAGAUGAAUCAAGUGAGCACGAGGUCAUGUUUCGGGGCCGCUUCAUUGAGCCAGUUGAAUGCAAAGUGCUGCUGCAAGGCAGAAGACAAAUGUGCCGCCUCCCAGGUCCAGAUGUGAAAUACUUCAAGGUUCGGUUCGAGACCAUUUUGGUUGAGAACAAAGAGAAUGGGCAGCACGUCUCUUUGUCAAAGUUGGCCCGUUUGUUUGGAGAUCCUGACUGGGAGAACAAUGUGCGCAUGGCUACACUGGAAAGCAAAACACAAUACAGAAGUCUUGAUGCAAGUGACGUAGAGGCAGCCAAGCAAGAUGUCUUAAAGCUGCAGGAAGCUUUGUGGGUGACAUCUGGAAGAGAAUCGCGGCAGCGGGGAGGGUGGCAGUACGCAGCAAAUUUCAUUUUGGACACCGUCAUUUUCUGCGAUGUAGUUCGGAGCCUUCAGGAAGAGACCGAUCUGUUGCUCAGGUGGAGCAGAGAGCACCUUUACAGAGACGACUUGACAUGGGCCCUACACCUAAGAGCAGAUUCCUCACCCCAAUUUGCACGGGACUACCUCAUAACUGAGCUGGACUACGUUGUCUUGGACCAGGUGUUCAGUUUGAAGCCAACCACAGUGCUGGAAUCUUUGACAUGGAAAACUCGGGUUCUCCCAGUCCAAGUGCUUGGAAGAAAAGCUACAUCUACAGCAUACAAGUUUCGAGCACUUCUGAGAAGCUUGCACUUAGAGACAGGUGAUUCUUCACGGGCAAGGACAAGAACUGCCACGUUCUUGAACGAUAUGGGGGUGGAAAGCAAACUUGCAAUCAUCCCAGAUGUCGACUCUGAUGUCAACAGGAGAGCGUUUGCCAACACCUUGCCUUUGCAUGACUUGGACCAUUCGUUACAUCACACAAUGGAAGAGUUACGGGAAUGUUGGCCCGCUGAACAGUUUGAACUUUUUGAUCGACAGUUGAAUACCCUGGCAAAGUAUUUCUCUAAAGCGGACAACUGCGAGCGUUUCCGUAAACUUUUUGUGCUGAACAACUCCAAGAUUGAAGGCGCUGCCCUCAAAGCCAGUAUUGCAAAAAUGUUCCAGACAACAUGCCCAUCCUUCAUCAAGCACAGAUGGGAAUACCGGUAUGAAGUAUUGGUGUGGAUUACGCGGCGGGCCGAUUUUCUCAUGUGGCUUGACCCUUCCACCAUCAGUGCGCGUGAGGAUGGGGACCCGGAGUACUCCUUUUCUGAUGCUGAAAUCAAAUGCUUAGAGCUGUUGUUCAAUGACAAAGCUGCGAACACCAUUCUGGAAGGGUUCGCCACUGCCAAGCGUAUGCUAGAGGCACGAUUCGUUCAGUAUGCAUCUUUUCUGGCGCAAACUCCAUGGAACUUGGUGGGGUUAUUGGAAUACCUAUUGCCUUCAGAAGACCACCAAGCCGCGAUCUCAAGAAGCAGAGCAAGGACAAAACAAGUACUGUCUGACUAUGAUUCCAACAAGCUCGGCAAUGUGGGUGACGUCGGCAUAGAGUUCUUCCGCCAACACCGAACAGCCCUUGAACGAUGGGGGAGAGGGUUGGACACGUUCAUGAACCAGCCACUGUUCCGCCAGCUUGUUGCUUGGGGGUGUGCUUUGCUGGUCAUGCGGCGGCUGGAAGCAAAGCACCAUUUGGUACACGUUCCCUGA